AUUGUGUUAGAAUCUUUUGUUCAAUGGAUAUCUCAGUGACGCCAGUGCAGAGUAAUGAGAGAGCUAGAAAACCUAAAAAGUCACCAUUGCAGUGGAAGAAAGCUAAAUUGAAGACAGAACGGUACAAGCCCAAGAGUAUGCCGGACAAACCAACUUGUGGACACAGCAGUCAAUCCUUUCAAUGUUGUUCGCUUGAUAUGUGUGAUUUGAAAAAGUUUCAUUCUUUAUUCUAUAAAAAGACAGAAAAAGAAUAUCAGGAUCAUUUCGUUUUAAAGUAUGUUGAGAUUGUGAAUGUGAGGAGAAGGCGUCCAAAUCAACGGAAAAAUCAAAAUGAAGUAUCCAAGUACAAGAAACAAAUGAGGAGUACACGUUAUUUUGUAUUAAAUAAAAAGAAGGAGAGGGUGCCUGUUUGUUUGAAUGCAUUCAUUGGUAUUCUGGGCAUAUCCAGAUUCAGAGUCAAUAAUAUUACAAAAACAUUCCAUGAACAGGGCUUUAUAACUGAGAAAAGGGGAGGUUUUAAGAGGACAGCAGAAUUUGCUCCAAAAAAGAUUAAUGUCAUGAAGUUUAUUGAAAAAUUGCAGUGCAUUGAGAGCCACUAUUGUCGAAAAGAGAGUAAUAGAAAAUAUUUGUCCUCUGAUUUGAGUAUCAAGAAAUUGUUCAUGAUGUAUUCAGCUGAAAAUGGAAAUGUACCUGUCAAGGAAUCAUACUUCCGUAACAUUUUCAAUACCAACUAUAAUUUGGGUUUUCGAUCUCCUCGAACUGAUGUUUGUUCUACGUGCUUGUGCCUACAAGAAAAAAUCAAAGCUGAAAGUGAUCCAGGUAAAAAGUCUAACUUGUUGAUUGAGAAACGUGUACAUAAAUUGCGUGCAAAAGCGUUCUAUAAUAAACUCCAGGACACAGACGAAAAUCUUCUUAUCUUAUCCUUCGACUGCCAGAAAAAUCUUCCAAUCCCCAAAUUGCCAGACCAAUCAACUAUUAUUCAAGACAAAUUUAUGUACAGAAUUUUUCAGUUGUGA